AUGGCGACUGCAGCGACCACAGGGAGGCCGAGCGGCCCGGUCCUCUCGGCCGCGCACUACCGCUCCGCCUCGUCCACGCGCGUCUCGCUCGCCGGCGCCGGCGCCCGCGCCCGCGCGCGGCCACCGGCCGGGCAGUCCGUCACCGUCAGCGUCUCGUCGUCGUCGUCGCGGGGCCGCCGGACCUGCAUGUGCUCGCCGACCAACCACCCGGGCUCCUUCCGCUGCAGCCUGCACAAGGAGCGCGUCAAGCCGGCGGCGGCGGCGGGGCCCCACGGCUCGCACAGGCACGGCAAGCCGAGCUCCCCGCCGUCGUCCGCGGCCUCCCCGACCACGAGCCGGCUGGUCGCAGGCGCGGGCAGGCGGAUGGGCGCCGUGGAGGGCGGCGAGUGCGCGCGCCGCGCGCUCGCGGCCACCGCCCGCCCCUCCCCCGCCGCGCAGCAGUCGCAGCACCGCCGCCGCGUCGGCAGCGCCCGGCCCCGCCCCAGCCGCCUCUCCGCCGUCUCCUUCGCCGGCGACCGCCCCGGCGACAAUGGCCACCACCAAUAG